AUGCUAUUAGAUAAAGAACAAGUCAUAAGAGUAAGAGAUCUUGAUAAUAAUGACAAUAACAAAAAAGAAGAAGUUGAAGAUAAAUUUGAGGAAGAAGAAUUAGAGAAACAAUUGUAUACAAUUUUGAAGUUUGAUGAUGAAAAAGAUAAAAUUAUGAUAGAAAAAGAAAGAGAUAUUGAACGAUCGGAUGAAGAAAUAGUAUUCUAUGGUGGAAAACCUGCUGCAGGCUGUAGUAGAUUACAAGAUUGGAAAUUUAAAAAAGAUCAGAACAAGCAGAUAGUAAAACUGCUUAAUGAAAAUUUUGACUUUUAUACUCAAAGCAUUUCUGAAUUAGAGCAGACCGAUAUAAUCCAUCACCAUAUCCUGACGCAAGAUGUCUGGCCAGUAUGA